UCCACUUGCCCCCCUGCCAUAAUUAUCACAGACCUAGUCGCCUCAACUGUAUCUGCGCGCUCAGAGGCCGACUUCACCCAAAUACCUACCGAACGAACAAAGGUCAAGAGCUAGUGUCAGUCAUAGACAACCGCCAAGAUGCCUUCCCACCCGCGGGUAGAAGAAGUCGAGGACAGCGACCUUGAAAUGUCCGACCCCUCCGAGGGCGACAUUGACGACUUUGCCGAAUCCGACAUUCUCGCCGCCCAGGCUGCCGCCGCCGCUCAACAACGACAAGUCCCUCCCCCACAAUAUUCCCAACAACAACAACGACAGCCAGCCUACACCCAGCCCCCCGGCUACCCCCAGAUGCAAACCACCACCGACGACUCGGCCUACAAAUCCUUCCAGUGCCUGUACCCGUGCUACUUUGACGCCACGCGCUCGCGCGCCGAAGGCCGACGCGUGUCCAAGGAGCUUGCUGUGCCGAACCCGCUAGCGACCGAAAUCGUCAACGCCUGCGCGCAGCUCCGCCUCUCCGUCGUUCUCGAGGCAGGCAAGCUGCACCCCAAGGACUGGGCCAACCCUGGUCGCGUCAAAGUGAACCUCAAGGAAUUCAUCCGUCUGCAUGGCGAGAAUGGGAAGCUGAAGAAUAAACACCACUUGUAUAUCCUCGUGGCGGAGCAUCUGAAGAAACACCCGACGACGGACGAGAGUCCGGCGUUGAGGGUCGUGGUGAGGGGCGCGGGACCCCCGCCUAGAGAAAUGUUGGAGGAAGGCAAGAAGUGGCCGAGGCCGGCGGUGCCGAGGGGGUGGAAGAUGAGUGAGUUGUUGCCGUAUUAUAGUCCGGCGAUGACGGGCGGUGGGGUCAGUGAGAAUUUCUUGAAGGAUAUGAUGAAGGAGAUGGGACCUGGUGGGAUGCCGGGCAUGCCGGGGAUGCCAGGAGGAGCGGGAGCAGGAGCGGGAGCAGGUGGGAUGCCGGAUAUGGCGAGCUUGUUGCAGGGGAUGGGAGGGAUGGGAGGAUUGGGUGGGUUGGCGAAUAUGUUGGGGGGGAUGGGUGGGAUGGGAGGUAGUGGUGCGACGAGUCCGGGGGCGAGUGGAAGUGAGGCGGCGGGGAAGAAGAAGGGGAAGGGAAAGAAAUAGGGUGCUAGGGGUGGGAGGACGUGAGAGGGAUUGAGAGGGAUGGUCAUGACUGAGAAAGAUUCAACCUGCCAGCAAGCCUUUUUCCCGCUUUGCCGUAUAACAUAAUGAACAACAAACAGCGUAGACCGCAGAAAGCAGUUUACCAAAACGAUAAUACCAUGUACUUUUUACG